UCCAGUUAGAAGUAACUUGUUCAAAUUGGGUGUUCUCCAAUUCCCAUCUCUUCAUUGGAAAUUCUUCUUCUGAAUCUUCUAUGCAUGAAUAGCAGGUUUCAAGUUUUGGGGUGUCUGUUUGUAUUUAAAGUUUAGACUUUUCAUUCUCCAUUGAAAGGAGGAGAGAUUUUAGAGAUGACCUUCAGGAAGUCUUUUCUUCCAAGAAUAUUUUCAUCCAAAGAGAAGACCAUAAGCCAAACCGACGAAGAUUCAUUCGAUUCUUCCGUGGAAUUUGAGAGAACCUUGACUUCUUCAGCUACCCCACCAUCCUUCAGAAAAAGCUUAUCUGUUGCAGAAUCAGAGUCUACUUCAAGGCUUGGGAGUCUAAAUUUCAGUAACUUACAGUCUCAGAUGUCGGACAUCUCAGACAGACGAGACUUCAGGCCUUGGCAUGCUUUCAGGAAGUCACCAACAGAUAUUGCCGAGAAAAGAAAUCUGUAUGUCUUGAUUUGCCCAACAUCUUUCCAUAUACAUUGUUUUAUAAAGCAGAAUUGUAUUAGAAAUUGCAGUCUUAAUUGA